UUGGAUGAAACCCAGGAAGCGGAGUACAAGGUGCUACGGAUGCAGCUGCAGCAGGAGCUGGAGCUGCUCAACGCCUACCAGAGCAAGAUCAAGAUCCACACGGACACGCAGCACGAGAGGGAGGUCAAGGACCUGGAGCAGAGGGUGUCCAUCCGCCGCGCCCUGCUGGAGCAGAGGGUCAGACACAGAAAAUCUCCUUAUUGUGUUGUGCAAGAAUUUGAUCGAGGAGGAGAUGUUGUCCCUGCAGAACGAGCGCUCCGAACGCAUCCGCACCCUCCUUGAGCGUCAGGCCAGCGAGAUCGAGUCCUUCGACUCAGAGAGCCUGCGUCUGGGAUUCAGCAACAUGGCACUGACGGGCAUCCCCAGUGAGGCCUACCCCAAGCAGGCCUACCCCAACGCCCCGCCCUCCAGCUCCCGCUCCGCCGGCCACUGGAGCCACGGCAUCCACCCGCAGAACAUGCCCCCGCAGCAGCACUCCCGCCGCAGCCACAACAGCAGCAGCAGCAGCGGCAUAAGUAGCGGCAGCGGGGCCGGGGACCGCAGGAGCGAGUCCUCCUCUUCCUCCCAUGGCCUGGCCAUGGCCCUGGGGCUUGGCAGGGACGGGAGGGAGGUGCACCACUCGUCCCGCUCAUCUGCCUCCUCUUCUUCCUCUUCCUCCUCGUCUUCCUCCCACCACCAGCGCCACCACCUGCCCCAGCACUACCACCACCAGAGCACGCCGCAGCUGUACCGCGAGCGGGAGCGGGAUCGAGAUAGGGAGCGGGAGAAGGAGAGGGAGCGGGAGUGGGCCGGGGUGCGAGGCUCCGGCGGGGACCUGGCCCACCCACACCCCCUGCCCUUCUCCCAUCACCUGCCCUCACGCUCCUCCUCUCAGUCCCUGGCCAUGCUACCUCCGCCACCGCCUGCCCCUCCCUCCAUCUCUGGCCCGUCCUCCUCUUCCUCUUCCUCCUCCUCCUCACAGGGGGGGAUAUACGGGGGCGGGGGGCUGGCAGUGCGUGGUGCCCCGAGUCUGAUGGCCCUGAGGAAUAGCCCUCAGCCUCUGAGGAGGACGGCGUCCGGCGGGGGGCCCGGUGGCUCCGGGGGCAGCGACGGCGUCCUGAGCCGAAGCACCUCGGUCACAUCUCACAUCUCUAACGGCUCCCACCUCUCCUACUCUUAGACGGCAGGAGGACGAGAAUGGACGGGGUGGUAGCAGCGAGGGAGGAGGUGAUUUAGGAAGGUAGCUAUCACAGGUUGCAUCUCAAUACUCUCAGCUUGCCGUCUUGUCUUGUGUUCUUUCUUGGAAGCAUCUCAACUCUCAGUGGGGCUGAAAUGCAGAGGAUUUUGGGAAAUCACCCUCUCCUCUUUGUGCACGGGAAGGCAAAGAAAUGUGAGGUCAAACUGACAUUAUUGAGCUGCACCCUGCGUCUUUAGACUCAGGGUGGGUCGAGAGGUUUCCUCCCAUUCUCACAGGUGUAAAAGAGGGAGGGAGGAAUGUAACCACCUGUUAAACCACUGGAUCGAGGCGAUGUUAGAUUUUAACAAAGCGGAGGUUUGUGUUUAAUGUUUUUAUCUUUGUUAUAGCCUGUAUAAAAGUGAGAUAGGAACGUGUGAACGGAGAAGACGUUUAGCCUUUUUUUUCCUCCCAGAGCUGCAGAGAGAAAGGGGACGGCAGCCAUGUCUUCUUCUAUGAUGUUCUGUGCUGGAAUGGAGAAAGAGAGAGGACAGGGGGGAAGUUUUACAAAAAAAAGGGAUAAUGAUGUUUCUUUUGCAUUGUGUCUGUACUUGUAGUCUGUAGUGUCCAGAUAUUAUCUAGAAAGCACUCGCAACUUGGGCUCCAGAGGGGGAAACAAAGGGGAGAAUCAGAAAAGAUGGAAAACUUUAAUCUUCAGCCUGAUGGAGACUGGAAAACACUUUUUAUUGAUUUACAACUGUUGAUGUUUUUGUUGUUUUUUCUCUCUCUUUUUUUUUAGUAAGUGUAUAAAAAACACAAAAAACAAGUUGCUUGGAACGUCACCAAUGCCUUUAAGGGGUUCUUAAAGGGAUGUCGCGCCAUCAGAAUUUUUAUUUGACAACCGCAGGAUGAUGUAAAACCGUUAAAUACGAUUAACACAGAAUGUUUGUGAAGGCGAGAGACUCUAAAGUGCAGCUGGGACAACGAGAAACAUUUGUGAGGAUGUACACAUACAAAAAUAGAGAAGAAGAAGAAAAAAAAAGCUUUCUGGCAUCCGUGACAUAUUGAGUAUCUAAACAACAUAGGUGUCUCACUCCGAUGCAUGAGAUAGAUGUACAAAAAAAACAAAAAAACAUUUGUAAACAUGACCAAACACAUUUGAAAUGUACCGUACCUGUCCAAGUUUCACCGGCAUCGAAGAUCACUUGUCCCACAUUUUUGAUCUUUACUGUACAUAUUUAUGGGAAUAUUAAAAAACAAAAAAACACGUCAUUUGGUUUUAUAGAGUAACAAAGAUAACAAUAGUAAUUUUGAUAUAUUCAAAUGAGUAUUGACUUCAAGAUUUAGAGCGACAACUCCAACCGCAUUUUCUAUAGGUGUCAAUAUUACCAUAACUAAUCCUGAUGUAAUUGUUGUUGUAAUCAUGUUCACAUUUUUCUUGUGAGAAGCAAAGGGCCCACUUUUGACUGUAAAAAGAAAAAAUAGACGACAAAAAAACCUGUUGCGUUGUCAGGUACGGUGUGUGUUCAAGGUAUUAAUGAUUAUUAAUAAUAAUAAGGGUUAUUAAUAAUUGUUAAUGAUUUAUGUGUGUGUGUGUGUGUCGAGCGGUAAAGUCUAGUUAUAUUACCACUUUUUUUAGACGAUUGAAUUUUAAAAGACACUCCUACACCCCACAGCUCACAUGAACUCUGACCUCCUCCUCCUCUGGACUCUUAUAGACAAAAAAAAAGAUUUUACAAUUGGCCACAGGAAUGUAAACGCUGGUUUUUACUUUUUUAUUUGAUUGUUUUCGGUUCAGGAAAAAGUGAUGCUCUGAAAAGCAGGACUGGGAAGAGGAUGAGAGAGCGGACAAUCUGUGUUGACCCCUGCAGGGUGCAGCAUGCAGGAAGUGUGUGAGGAACAGGAAGUGAGGGGACGGGCGUGACUGAGCGGCUGCAAACGUGCACCCUCUUGUGCCGGAGCAGCAGCAGUGACCGGAGCGGCUCGUCCUCCUCACACGAGAAGAAAGCCCAAUCAGUGAUCCACGAGCAGAGAACAGGCCCAACGCUUUGCUCUCUGCUCCUGUGGGCUGACAUUUAUUUGAAGGAGAUCACAAACAAGUGGACACUUUUUGUUUAUUUGUCUGUUUUUACUAUUAUUAUUGUUUUGAGGAAAAAAAAGAAAAAAUGAUAAUCACCCUGCUGUUUGUAUGACUCAGAAACACCAGCUCAAGACAAUUCCCUGUAUAACCUACUACUUUAUGCUUGGUUGGAAUCUCAGUGCAUGCAUAAACUCCUUAUAUAAACUAAGACUGGCUGCUUCGGGGCGGCCUCCGUGUUGGGGAAAUCAGUGUGGUAGUGUCUGUAGACGGGUCAGUGUCGGUGUCAGAGGCUCUUGGGGGGGGCAGGGAGCCUCAGUUCCUGUGUCGGACGAUGAAGACGAUGAAGAUGAUGAAGCAGCAAAAGCAACACAGCCUCAUCUGUGACUUGCAGAGUUUGUUUUUGU